AUGACUGUCAAAGCGCAGAUGAAAAUGUCCAAUAAUAAAGCUGCGAUUCUCCUAACGAAAAUACCUUUACCAGCAUCCAAACCGGUGGCGUCAGAGAGUGCUGAUGUCACGCUGACAGUCAUACACGUGAUGCUGACCGACAAGCGCUGCAACGGAUUAUAA